GAGUCGUCCCCAGCAAGUUUGCAUUUUCACCCACUUCAUAACAUUUAAUUUGUAGCCCCAGCAACUGAUUUGAUUUGAUAAAAAAAUAUAUAAAUAACAAAUUUUCUGCAACCCAUCCAUGUUCAAUUUCGCUUUUCUUGGUGCCUCACCUCACCUCUCUUUGUAUCAAGAGGAAGGAACAAGAGCAUCAUCUCUUCUCUCGUCCAUUCAUCGUCUCUGUGCAGUUUUCUUAGCUCGGCACAACAACAUCAACAGAGAUUAGCUGUUUGUUCUCUGGCGGUUCCUUAUAAGGGUCUCUUGAGGCCUUUGAGGUUAGUAUGCUGAAGAAGAGGACCGGCUUAAUGCAGAAAGACCAACAGAUGUGUCCGAUUACGGUCUAUGGUUCUUCUGCUUUCGGGCAUGCCCACAAAAAGAGCUCCGUUUUCAGUCUCCCUCGACUUUUUGUAGGAUUAAACCCCAAAAGCUUACCAGAUUACUACGAUUAUUCAGCUGACAGCCCCACCUCUCCUCUAGAUUUUCGGGUCUUCUCAAACCCCAUUAGGUCACCCAGAUCUCCCCGCGAGAAGAUCUGGGACUGCGAUAAAGUCGGGUUGAGCAUCAUUGAUUCUCUUGGUGACAAUGGUCAAAGGUUUUCCCGUGGAAAAGUUCUCGAGCCAUCAGAUGUCAAGAACAUUAUUCUUGGGCCGCAGUUGAGUAUUACGGGUCCAAAUUUUGGGAACAACUCUCGAUCAUUUGGCUCUCUUGAUGAAGGCGGAAAGUUUUUUCCACCCAGGAGAACUUUCGGAUGGUCAAAUGGCAAACACCUCCUCAAUAGUCCAAAAGUUGAUACCCAUUUUCAAUCAUAUGUGGACCCGAGAUCCCUUCCCAAAAAUUUUGCCUUCCCCCAUACCAAUUCCAAGUCUCCCCUUCGAAAGGGAAGCUCCAAUGUAGUUUUUGAAAUUGGGGACUCCCUGACUGAUUCCAAAUCCUCAAUUAAACCCCGACCAUGUUCUGUGAACUCUACUCAAUCGGCUCUAGAAAGUCCCAAACUUGAUAGCUUCUCUUGCACUUUUCCGAGUUCAGUGAGUGAGAUGGAACUCUCUGAGGACUAUACGUGCGUCACAGUUCAUGGUCCCAACCCAAAGACAACUCACAUCUAUGCUGACUUCAUAUUGGAAUGCGAGUCUGGUGAUUCAAGCUAUGGUUCUCUCCCUAGCAAGAAGGGACAAUCUGACGUGGUACUGCCUCCUGUGAAUAAGAACUUGGACACUUCAGCUCCGUAUCCCUCCAAAGACUUCCUGAGCUUCUGCAAUAUGUGCAAGAAGGCAUUGGCAGCUGGCAAAGAUAUCUAUAUCUACAGAGGUGAGAGAGCAUUCUGCAGCUUGGAGUGUCGAUCCAGAGCGAUUGUGAUCGAUGAAGAAGAGGACGACUUGCUUGUGCCAGGAAACAGUCUAGAGUUCUCCGAAGCUGACAUCUUGGAAACUUAAUAAAGAAGGCACCCAUCCACAGUAAGUGGAAGAGAUGCAGAGAACCCGAUGUGGACGUCUUCCAUUAUCAUCGGUACAUAAAAGAGCUGUUACUUGUGCAUCCAGUUUGAGCUGCAGCCACGGGUGAUCACAUAGGUAGAUUGUUUCACAUGGGUCUACCGAGUCGUGUCGCGUUCUUAUGUGCUGUUUCUUGGGCUUUCUGUGGGCAUUCAGGUGGGACCUCUUUGUAAGCUCUUUUUGGUCCUCUGGGACUAGAGUUUUCAGUCCCUAAAUAACUCAGGUCUGGAGAGGUUUUUUGGUGACUUAUGCAGAAGGAGAGGUGGCCGGUUUUUAUGGCUCUCCCCGUUCUCUUAUUUCCCCCGGCCUUGUCUUUUCGUUGGGGUACGGGGUCAUCUGCUUAAUCUGCUAGACAUAAUUGGUCAUUUUGGCUCUAAAUAGUAAAUUUUAUUAUGUAUAAUCCUGGUGAUGCUCUAUUCAAGUGAAUUGGCUUUAUGA